UAGUUUUGAGAGACACCUAAUCUCAUUGUGUUCCAUCCAUCACCCCAUUUCAGUAGCCAAUAUGGUUUGGACCAGAGUACAUCAAGACUUUGCCAUGCGGGCGUAUUUAGAAAACAACCAGUCUGUGAUCGUGACAGAAAGAGCUACAACGCCAUUCCUAAUGCAAACACAAUUCGGUCAUGGGCUAGGCGGUUGGAGGAAACUGGUGCCACGCUUAGAAGA